AUGUUUUCGCCGUUGCUGGAUGCAUCGAAAUUGCCUCAGGAUAGCCAGGAGCUUAAGAGUAAACUGGCUAAGAACGCAUUGUCAGAACUGCCCGAUUUCAUUUCCGGCAAAUUCAAACUCAAUGUGCCUGUAUACUGUAUUUAUGGAGCAUCUGAAGACCUCACAGUCAUUGAAAAGUUCAAUAAUGGCACUUAUUCAGUACCUAAUUUGUUUCUUGUUGACGAGACUAAGACUCAUGCCAUUGAAACUGCUAGUGGCCAUGUCAUUCGUUUAAUGGGUCUGGGUGGUAGUCUUGUUCUUCAUCGAUUCUUUGAUAAUGGAGAUGGUACUAGUACUAUUGCAGGAACUCAUGGGUUGAUGUGGACCACGGCUUUACAAAUCGGCCAGUUGAUCCAAACAGUUCGAAAAUCGUUUGAUGCUAGUGAAAUCCGGAUAUUUAUAUCCCAUCCUUGUCCUUCACGAGAAGGGCUGUUAUUGGCACUAGCUAUUGCACUGCGAGCCGAUUUUACUGUUAGUUCGGGCCUUCAUUUUAUCUACGGAUCCAGUUUUAAUGCAUUCACAGCCGAACCCACUUUUGAGAGCUUUAAAGCUAAAUUAGUGGCUGCUCGUGCUCAGUUUAUGGAUAUCUGGGAAAAUGUCAAGGUCCAGGUGCUCAGUUUGCUGGAAAAAGACACCAAACAACGGCUUUUACUGCAAUCUGCUCUUGAAGUGUUUGAACGAAUGCCUACUGAAGUCAAUACUGGCGAAACUCCUGCUCGAACCGAUUAUCUGUUAGCAGCCUAUAGGAAUAUGUGGAACUUCAAUCUGUGCGAUGCCGAGUACGGAUCGCUUGUUUUGAACGUGGUUGAUGGCAGAGUCAGUGUAGAGGCCAAAUCACAGGGAUUUGAUUUCAAGUACAGAAAGAACAACAGUCGUGGAUCUCGAGGUUCUGCCGGUGCCACUGCUACUUCUGCUAGUACUGGUUCUAAUACUGCUGUUUCUAGUGCUAAUACUACUGGUACAGUUUCUGCCACUACUGGUACUGGAGCUGCCAGAACUGACAGAACUGACAGAACAGAUUCUAGAACCGGUUCUGGUGCUCCAGGAGGAACUCCCUCUGGUCCUGCUGCCACCUCCAAAGCAGGCCAGACCUCAGCAAAAUCAACUGCAGCAGCAUCAACGACUACUGCCACGACAGGAAAUCAGAAAACCAAGCAGGGUCUCGAUACGUCAUCUGCUAAAACCGGCAAACAUGCUAAUACAGACUCGACAGCCACUGGUGCUACCACCCCCAGCAACAGUACCAGCAGCAACAACACCAGCAACAACACCGGUGCUCGUAACUCACCAGCAGCAGCAUCUGCCAGCCCCUCAGCACCCGGAGCCAGUACUCCAGAUGGUACUUCCACAACAGCAACAACAGCAACCAAUGGUGGUACUCCUGUAGCAACCGAAUCCACUUCCACCUCCUCCACCACCAAUGGAACAGCGACAUCAACAGCUGCUGCUACUGAAAAACCAGCAACAUCCUCGACACCUGUACCAGAAGAGCCACAACAACCAGGAAUCUGGAUCUCUAACGGCCAUGCCACCGAAGACGAGAUCAAAGCAUUCUUCACCGACGACGACAAAUCCCUCGUCACCAACAUCGAAAUCAAAGAAUCCUUCGGUCACCCCGACAAAAAAUUCGCCCUCGUGCACUUCCCCACUGCCGACCUCGCCAAGUCGGCCAUGGAAAAAAUGGACAAAACCAAAGCCGGCCGAGUCUCGCUCAUCGGCGACCGCUCUAACUCCUACCCCCGCCGCGGCGGCGGUCACUUCUUCUCGCGAGGCCGUGGCGGCCGGCCCAGUCGCGGAGGCUCCUCCUCCUCCACCCGCGGCUCCAGAUCCGCUGUGUAA